AUGCGCCGUGCGGUGUGGCUGUGGACCGAGGACAACUGCGCCGAAGCCUUGGGCGAGAAUGAAUUGGAAGGCGAGAUCCCCAAGUGCACUGGCAAGCAGCUUGUCAUGGAUGAAGUGAAAUUUGAAAAGGAAGAUGACAAGAAGAAAGUUGACACCAUGAUUAAGCGCGUGAUGCAGAUGUUCAUGGAGGAUCAAGCACAGGCCGACGUGCCUUAUAUCCCGCCAGAGAGCGCGAAGAAGCGCGCGGUCUGGCUCUGGGACAAGGACUGGUUUUCAGCACCGGCAUCGAAUGUACAGGGAUAG